UUUUUUUUUUUCUCUUUCUUUCUUUUUCGCAAGUAAUAUGGACGAUGAAUUCUGCUUUGGAAACACGGAAUUCAAUCUUGAUUCCAAGUUGAUUAGAAACGAUAGUAAAAAUAUGUAAAAAUAAAACAUCCCUUCAGAGUAUAAAGGUCAAGAACACCCCCCAUUAAUAUAAAAAUAAUAAUAAAAAAAAAAGUUAUAAUCGUCUCAGAUCGAUCGUUGACGAUGCUUCGUUUGUCAUGGAAAUGACAGAACUGAUGCCUAAACUAGCACUUGUUGCCAACGAACGUUGUGGAUCGUGGUAUAUUGACAGAACCAAAAAAAAAGCCUAUUCAGGAUAUUUCAAAUCGACUGAUGGACACAUGCAUAUCUGGGACUUCAAUAUCCGUAGAAACAAUCUUCAUUUACUCCCAAUCAUACUAGAACACGGGGGAUGUAUGAUUGUUGACUCGACUCGAAAAGGAAAGCGUAUCCCUGACGCAUUAUCCAAAACCAUCCCUAUCUGGUGCUGCACCAUUAACCGGGCGGUCCAUAGACACCGUCUUUCUCAAGGUAUAAAGCAGGAUGAAAAGGAUUGGGAUAUGGCCUUUCAUUCACUCCCCACUGCGGUCUCGAGAUCCGAACAUGCACAAAUCGAAGCCAAAUUAGACGGAUUUGUGCAGCGACUACUGGAUUCUGGCAUCGAUAUGGAGGUUGUUUCAAACGGAUUAGUCAAACCUUUAAGACCUAUUUGGUUUACACCUCAAUCAUAUGACGCUGUUGUGGAGUCACCACCGGAUUUUGAUGAUGCACCUUUUUGUCCUGUGGUUUGUUUGAGUGCGUCAGAAGCUGUUGAAACCGGGUGCCAGUCAAGACCUGGCUAUUUAUAUGUUCAAGGUUCAGGAGAUGAUCAGGAAGCCUGGGCUUUGGGGUUGACGCAUAUCAUGUUUUGGAAGAAUCAUCUAGAUAUUUUGUCAAACCAAGCAGAAUGUGAGGAAAAGGUCAAAUGUAUUGUGGCGGCAAAUAAGGAUGCAUUAAUGGAAGAAGGCGAAGCGGAUGGAAAGAAUUUUGCGAUGGUUCAACCGACGAUGCUAGGCAUUGGAAAUUACGCCAGUGGUAAGCCGCCUUAUUGCUGGGAAAACUUUGAUUAUAUUAUAAAUUGUUCCGUGCUUGAAUAUGAAGGCAUGGACAGUAGCAAGUAUCUUCAUUUGCCCAUACCCGACGGGAAGAAAGGUCAGAUCAUUUUUGGGGCUAGUAUACAAAAGGCAAUUGAAUUUGUGCAUGAUCCGAUAAUGGAAAAUAAACGAAUCCUUGUACAUUGUUCCACAGGCAAAGACUAUUCCGUAGGUAUUUUAACAUCCAUAUUAAUUCAUUAUUAUGAUUUAAAUGGCCAAUUGUUGACAUCAGCUAAACCACGAGUGGAUAAGAAGACUGUCCAACAUCAACUAGUUCGAAUCAUAUCUAAUUGGGAAAAAGCAUCACCUUCCAGAGUUACUUUGAAAAGAGUCAAUACACAUUUUAUGAGUCAUUCAGGCUAGUUCACGGUCAUUUGAUUAUUACAAUAUUAAAAAACGUAUCAUGCAGUAAUAAUCAUUACGUAAUUGUAUAUUGGAGAAAAUAAAGAAAAGGGCAUGAUGUAUACAUGCAGCUAACGCUAGAUAAAGUAUGCUUCCCUUGUUGUGGUUUUCCAGAAUAUAUUGUGUUUUAUCGCGAAAGUAUACCAUGGAAAGAAAGUGUACGCGUAUAUAUGUUUACUAUUCUCAGAAGUUUGGCAAAUAGGGAUAAAGAAAGGGAAAAUAUCGUUUCCAACCAGCCCUUUCAAUGCAUGACGGUGUUACUACGUACAUAACUAAUGAUUAUAAAAAAAAAACAAGGUUCGAGAGAGAGAGACUAAUCGUCAAAAUUACAAUAUGUUAUAACAGGGGAAAAUGAUAUAGACCUUUUAUAAUGAUGUGUGAGAAUAACUAUAGUAAUAUCCUUAUCAACUGACGAUAACGCGGGACCUUGGUUAUACACCAUUCAUUUCUGUUACCAAUGA